GAGUGAGUUAGUGAUCAUGAGUGUUUCAUUAAAAAAAUAUUUAACCGUGAAAGACGAAGACGAUUACGAUUUACGAAGAGUGAUUAAAUCAUUUUAACUAAUCAUGAAUAAAUCUGUAGAACAUCUGAUAUCCUGUUUAUAAAUCUUUAAAUCUUCUUUAUUUUUAUUAAUCAAUACGUCAAUGUCAAGGUUUUUUUUUUUUGUUUUAGUCGUUGUUAGUUUUCUUAUUCAGAGAGUCGUGGUAGUUAAUCUGUAUAGUCUCUGUUUAGUUGGAGUCAAGAGUUGCUAUUGUCAACUGUUGUUUGAUGUUAAUGACGUACCUACAUACAUACAGUCACGUCUAUAUCCUUUUCGGGGUAGACAGAGCCAAUAGUCUUGAAAAGACUGAAUGGCCACGUUCAGCUAUUUGGCAUAAUGAUAGAAUUGAGAUUCCAAUAGUGACAGGUUCCUAGCCCAUCGCCUAAAAAAGAAUCUUAAGUUUGUAAGUCUAUCCCUUAGUCGCCUUUUACGACAUCCAUGGACAAGAGAUGGAGUGGUCCUAUUCUUUUUUGUAUUGGUGCCGGGAACCACACGGACGUCAAUAAACUUAAAGUAAAUUAAUGACGUCAAUAUACUUAAAGUAAAUUAAUCUUCAUGUACAUAUUAAAGUACCUACUCAAUCAAUAUCUUGUGAAAAUAAAUCUUUUUCUGUUUACAUCUAAAUAUAUGCAUCUCUGCUUAGAAGGUAGAAAUAUAAAUAAUUAAGACUAUUAUAAUGAGGUGUGGAUAAGGAGUUUUAUGAUAGAUACGGCCAUUAUGCCAAGUUUAAGACUUGUGAGUCUUGAUUUGGCAUAAUAUGUCCGAGACUGCUAUAUGUUGCCGCGUAUCGUCUCGAUAUCUAUCAUGUACUUAUUAAAUUUUCUGACUUACAGUGCGACAAAUGUACGCACCACGCACGUGCACGAAGUUGCCGGACUCUCAUCAAGAGUGUGCCAGGUCGCCGUACACAAUGACCAUUACAACAGAACGAUGUCAAACAAUACUGUCGGCUCGUCUGGGCCUGCUCCCGGCAAAAUACGUGGACCUGGAAGACCUCCGAAGCGCACUUGCACUUGGUGCGGUGAAAGUAAAACUCCUCUGAAAUACGUUCUACCGACUGAAAAUGGAAAAAAAGAAUUUUGUUCAGAGACGUGCUUGUCUGAAUUCAGACAGGCGUAUAGCAAAGGCGCUUGUCUGCAUUGCGAUAAUGUUAUUCGAGGUAAUGCACCUUCGAGUAGCAAAAAUUUUUGUUCCACUUAUUGUUUGAAUAAAUAUCAAAAGAAAAAUGAAAAGCGGACUACAUCGCCGCAAUCUGGAAAUGGAGUAAAUGGUUCAGACAAUCAUUCUAAUAACAAUUCAACUAGCUCUUUUUAUGAUAUUUAUCAAGCAUUCGAUUGGAAUGAAUAUAUGAAGGAGACCAAUAGUGUGGCAGCACCACAAGAAUGUUUCAAGCAAGCUCCUGCUCCACCUGUAAAUGACUUUAAAGUGAAUAUGAAAUUAGAGGCAUUGGAUCCGCGCAAUUUAACUUCUACUUGUAUAGCUACUGUUGUGGGUGUUCUAGGCCCCCGGCUUAGACUGAGGCUUGAUGGUAGUGAUAAUAAAAACGAUUUUUGGAGGCUAGUAGAUGCAGGAGACAUUCAUCCUAUUGGGCACUGUGAGAAAAAUGAUGGUAUGUUGCAACCACCACUAGGUUUUCGUAUGAAUGCAAGUAGUUGGCCAAUGUUUUUGCUCAAGACUUUGAAUGGGGCUGAAAUGGCUCCCCCUCAAGUAUUUCAGUCUGAGCCUCCCACUCCAAAAACUAAUCUGUUCAUGGUGGGUCAAAAGUUGGAGGCUGUUGAUAAGAAGAAUCCACAGUUAAUAUGCUGUGCAACAGUGGGAGCUGUAAAGAAUGAUCAGAUUCAUGUUACCUUUGAUGGUUGGAGAGGUGCAUUUGAUUAUUGGUGCCGAUAUGAUUCACGGGAUAUAUUCCCAGUGGGGUGGUGUGCCCGAGCUGGGCAUUUGCUUCAGCCUCCAGGGCAAAAAAGUGCAAUAGCACCAUCAAAAUGGUUUAAGCGUCCCAGUGGUAUUCCUAAUCCAGCUCUGCCUGAAGGUGGUUCCACUGGUUCCAAUAACACAAGCACUUCACCAACAUCAACUCCUGUAGCGGCAGUGAGACUGCACAUCCGCAGUAGCUGUUCAGGAGGAAGCAGCUUAUUACCGAGUUCCGUUUCCGGUUUGGGCCCUUCUGGGGCAGCUGAAGCUCUAGUGAAAGACUUGCUCAGUGUCCAUCCUGAUCCUCAGAGGCUGACCCGUGCGAUUCUAACUGCAUCCAGUAGCUAUUCUAAUAUAACAAAUGUACAGGUGUCAACAGGCUCAAAGAAUUAUACAGUUAAAGUACCAACAGAGUUGACAAUUGAGGAAUUGAAAAAUUGGCUCAAAGCAGUAUGUAGCAGUGUGGGUUGUUGUGUUGGCAUGAUUGAAAUAGACAGUGGGGAGGCAGCGGGAAGGCCAUGCACCCUGUGUGGGGAAUCAACAUCUAAUAAUGUUUCUUCUGCGGUGAAAAGGCCAAAAGCGGAGAUUGAAGAACCCGGCGGCAGCGUGAACGGCGGCGCUUCGCCCUCCGGCAGCAAGUCGGCGCGGCUGUCGCCGUCGCGGGCCGAGCCGGCGUCGUCCACCACGGGCGCGCCGCCGCCGCCGCCGCCCGCCGCGCCGCCCAGCGACUGGUCGGUGGAAGACGUCAUCGGGUUUAUAGCGGCGGCGGAUCACGCGUUGGCCGCUCACGCCGACCUCUUUAGGAAACAUGAAAUUGAUGGCAAAGCCCUUUUGCUUCUUAAUUCGGAUAUGAUGAUGAAAUAUAUGGGUUUAAAGUUAGGUCCAGCAUUAAAAAUUUGUAAUUUAGUGUCAAAAAUUAAAAAUCGCCGACAUUAUAGCACCUAAUAUAAUAAAUACUUAAUAAUUUACUCUUAGAGUCCGAAACUUUAAGUUUCUUUUAAUAGGGUAACUGAAAAGAACAGUUUUAGUCGUGUUUAUUUUCGAAUCUCGAGUAAAUAGUUUUUUGCAUAAUAUAAAGUGCCACAAUUUUGUGAAACUUUCGCAAUAGUUGUUAUUUUAUUAUUGCUCGACAGCACCUAAAUUUAUAUCGAUAUUUUGCAUUCUAUUAUUGCACAUACUUAAUAAUUGUUAUUAAUAGUGUCACAUCAACAAGCACUGUUUUUUAAAUUAAUUUGAAAUAAACAUGUCACACAAUUUAUUUAUAUAUAAAUAUUUUAUAAUACUGAGAAUCAAUACGAACUAUACAUUACCUGUUGUGUAAAUUUUAGAACAAUUCAAGUUAAGUUUAGUAUUAACUUUGCUUUGAAUCUAAAGAAAACUACGCAUUGUAAUACUAUUCUUAUGAAUUAAGUCAUGUAAAUAAGUAUUAUGAGUUUUGCAUUUAAUGUAGAAAGUGCUCAUUUUGGCGAAAGUAUAUAACAGUUUUAUCCGACGGGCUGUACUAUUUAGACAUUCGAAAGUAAUUUUAUCUAUUCGCUUAAGACAUUGGCUAGUCGUGCUUAUUGCCUAUAAUGUAAUUAAAACCUUACUUCCAAGCCGUGUACAGAUAUUCUAUAGUAGAUUAGGUCUAGUGCCUUUCAGAAAUUAGGAGUACUUAAUGGUCCCUACUAUAUCAGCCGAGAACCACAAACUUUGAGGACACCAAUAAUAGUAGCUGUGAUUUUAUGCAUAUGCAAUUUCCUUAAUUUAAUAAUUAUAACAUUGUAUUUUUAAAAUGUCGCCACUUCGUCCAUUUUUUUUUCUUCAAAGUUCCUUUGACGAGUGUGGUUCGCGCACUACUAAAGUAUUUUACUUUUUAUAAUCUUCGACAUUAAACUUUUAAUUUGCCAUUAUCUAUGUUGUAAUGUUAAAACAUUUCAUAAUGUGAUAUUGUCGAUGUUAUCUGUUAUCGUGAUAAAUGAUUAAAUAAUAAUAGUAUGUAAUGAGAAAACUAAAAUAUUACGUUGAAUUUAUUAAUUACGUGAUGUAAUUUAAGUUUGUCAUGACAUGUUUAAGCUAAGUUUUGUGCAGCAUUGCCUAAUUUGUUUAUAUAAAGUAGCGGUGUAAAUAUUUUAUUCUCAACAAGAAGCUCUUCUCCUGGGAUUUUAGUUUGAAAGAGGUACGGAUUUCAUUACACAGUGAGAAACUGUGAGAAGUUAUUAAAAGAUUUUAUUGAUUUUUCCUUUAUAAUAUUUUUUUAAGAGCUUCUGUCACAUAAGCAAUUAUAUUAUAAUAAAUUGUUGUCGAUAUGGCUAUAACUGAGUUAUUAUUUAUGACUUAGCCGACAAUUGUUCGAACGUUAGAUACUGUGCAUGCCUGAUUGGGAGCUAGAUGCAAAAUGUAAGAAGUUGAUUAUUGGUUUUCGCAUUUCUUUUUUGUCACCAUAUACUAUGCGCUCGUAGCUAGGCAAUCUAAUAUUAAUAAAUGGCUGAGAAAAAUAUACCACUUUUACCUUGAUAUAAUCUGACAUAUAAUAUAAUUUCCAGAGAAACAAUUGUCGGCUAAAUCUUGUUUUUAAUAUAAAAAGGUUGGCCCGCGUUAAGUACAUAAUUUUAUUUGUGUGUAAAUAAAAAGUAAUGAAAACAAUAAAUAUUAUGUGAAAACAUGUGUUAAUGAUUGAUAUGAAAAAAAAUAUUAUUUUAUUACUGUAAAUUGAGUAAUUUUAUGUACAUAGGUGAUUAUCUACAUAAUUGGAAACAGAUGUGUAUAAAUUAAAUAAAAACCAAAAAAAUUA